GGAGAGAUAUUAAGGAUAUUUUCGAUGGCUCACAUGGGCGAAAGACAAGCUUUGGGUCGCUCCAGAUCCACUGCUGUUUUAACCCAGAUGGCUGCUGGUCAGGAGGCUGGGAGACAGUGUGGAGACCACAUUCAGAAAGCACUGUCAACCCCGACCCGGCCUGGCUAUAUCUGUCCUGUGCCUUCUGAGUCGACUCAACGGAAGAGGAAGAGACAGAGCUCGGAGGAUGAAGAUCCCAGACCCACCAAACGCUCUGCUGAAGAUGCGUAUAUAAAGGGCCCAAUGCUGGGUCAAGGUGGAUUCGGCUCUGUGUUUGCUGGGACCCGCAGCUCUGAUGGAUUGCCAGUGGCCAUCAAGUACGUGACUAAAGACGAGGAGCACGAGGACGUGGAAGUUGAAGGUCAGGGUCUGCUGCCGCUGGAGGUCGCGUUGAUGACCCGAGUCAAUUCAGCUCCUGUCUGUCCCAGUGUCCUGAAGCUGCUGGAGUGGUUUGACCAUCCCGAACGCUACGUCAUGAUCCUGGAACGGCCGGAUCCUUGCCAGGAUCUCCACAGUUUCUGUGAGGAGAACGGCUGUCUGGAUGAGAGCCAGGCCAAGAAGGUGCUGCUGCAGCUCAUCGACGCUCUCAAACACUGCGAGAGCCGCGGCGUCUUCCACCGGGACGUCAAGCCACAGAACCUGCUCAUUUGCACCGAUACCAGCGAGAUCAAGCUGCUGGACUUUGGCUGCGGACACCUCCUGAAGGACUCGCAGUAUGAAGAGUUUGCAGGCACUCUUUCAUACGCCCCUCCGGAGUGGUUUCGUUUCCACAGCUAUCGUGCCGGAGCAGCCACUGCUUGGUCGCUGGGUGUGACGCUCUACAAGCUCCUGUGCGGCUCUCUACCUUUCCAAAGCGCACGGAGGGUUCGCAGACUGCGCUUCCCGAGUCACCUGUCUGCAGACUGCCGUCAGUUGAUUAGAUGGUGUCUUAGAGCAGCAGCGGACGAGCGUCCCAGCUUACAGGACAUUGAACAGCAUCCCUGGUUACGCUCCACAGGUGGCCAAUCACAGCACACUCAUCUCAAUGACUCCGUGUUGAUUGGACAGUUGGAUUGUCCUGUCAGGAUCAAUGUAGGUAACUGUCUGUAAUUGUGAACAUAGUGUGAGCAGGAGUGCAGGACACAGGAGCAGCAGAGACAGCUGGACACCUGCAGUGAGGACGAGUGGACAGCAGGCGUUUCAUGUGUUUUGUAAUGCUGUGCUUCACUCUGGAGCGUGACUGAGGGCUCUGUGUGGAUGCUGGAGGAGCUGGACACGCAGCGCCGGCUCAAACCAGAGUCCUGAAGCUACAGAGAUCCGCUCCAGACUGAGCCUAAACCAGCAUGAAGAGACAAAAACAUCAAAACCUUAGGAAUGAUUUAAUUACUUAACUGAAACCUACAGAAAACAUUUCUGUUAUUUGAAAUAAAUUAACCUUUAACUGAAUCUAAAAAUAUAAAUAAAAACCAUAAUAUAUAAAUAUAAAUAUAUCCAAAUACUGUAGUCAUUGCUUUACCUUCAUAAAUGACUGUGUUAUUUAAACUAGUUUAAAGCCAAACAGGAGAAACACUGUGCAACAAACGAGACAGCCAGAAGGCUUUUCAAUCUAAACAUUGGCAUCAUUUACCAUGUUAACACUCACUGCACCAUGGGAUUGUGACAGCAAUGUGGGAUAUUCACACCGAAUUUCAUUAAGUAAAAAAAAGAA